AUGCUGUGUCAUUUGGUUCCGUUGCCGCGGAAGGAAAAACCCGGUUCGGUUCCGGUUUACCUCAACGUUUACGAUCUAACCCCAAUGAAUGGUUAUGCUUAUUGGUUCGGUCUGGGAGUUUAUCAUUCUGGUGUUCAAGUUCAUGGGGUUGAAUAUGGAUUUGGAGCACAUGAACGUGAGACUACUGGAAUUUUUGAAGUGGAGCCUGGGCACUGUCCAGGAUUCACGUUUAGGAAAGCAGUUUAUAUUGGAUCGACGGAUCUGGGACCGAACGAGGUUCGGGGAUUUAUGGAAAAGCUGUCUCAAGAGUAUGCUGGGAAUAGCUACCAUCUUAUACAGAAGAAUUUCAACCAUUUCUGUAGUGAUGUUUGUGUGAAAUUAACUGGGAAGUCGAUUCCGCGGUGGGUUAAUAGACUUGCUCGACUUGGUUUUCUAUGCAACUGCGUGCUUCCAACCAGCCUAAAUGAAACAAAGGUUGGACAAGUUUCAUUAGACAAGAUUCAGGAAGGAGAAAGUAAGAAAAUGAGAAGUCAGUCCCGCCGGCAGGAGGCGUCUUCCAAUCCUUCACUACCGCCAAACCAAAGACAUUGCGGUAUCCCAUCAUCGUCUGUUAUUAAUGCUUCAUCCUCAACCGUAGCAGUAAAAUAA